UACUGGUUGCCGUGUUGGGAGAGAGGAGAGCGCAAAAUACCCAUUCAGAAAAGCGAACGCCACUGACUGACCACACGAAUCCUUCCCUCUCCGGUCAAGGCGAGAUCCGUUUUUUUGUGUGGAAUGCCAUCCAAUUCGCCUCGGAAACUCGCGUGCAAAUGCAUGAAUGAGCGUCCGGAUCUCUGUUUCUGUUGCUACUGUAUAUAUGAAUAAUAUGAUGAUGAUGAUGUGUUUCUAGGUCUGGUUGGUGCCUCAAUUGUGGUGGACAAAAAUGUGGCUGAGCAAAUGGAUCAAGGCGAAGCGAGCGCUACGGUUGAAGCUCACCACCUGUCUUCUCCCGCCGAGGACAAUCGAGGAUCCUCCGGCGCCGGCGCCGCGGAACGUCGCGACGGUUUCUGGUAGCGAUUUGUUGGCUGAAGACGUGGAUCGUGAAGUUCAUGUGCCUUAUACUCCGACGCCGUCUUCCUCCGGCAUCCUUUUGCCUGAUCAUUCUGCCAAACCCGGCGAGAAGAUCUGUACAAUAUGCUUGGGGACUAUGAGGCCUGGCAAUGGGCUCGCCAUUUUUACAGCAGAGUGUUCGCACUCGUUUCAUUUCCACUGCAUUACAUCUAAUGUGAAGCAUGGAAAGCAAAUUUGUCCCGUCUGCCGAGCAAAUUGGAAAGAAGUCCCGUUUCAAAGCCCGGUAGCUGAUAAAUCUCACCCGGCUGCUCAAAAUGAUAUCUUGAUGCAAAGACAACCUUUUUCUCCACGAGUAGACACCGAUCGACAAGUUUCUUCUAUUUUUCAAGCGGCGCCAGAACCUGCAAUCUUCGACGACGACGAUGAAGUUUCUAGUCACCAAUUUGGCGUCAGCCCGGGUAACUCAACCAGUAACACCUCUAAUGAUGAUCAUUCUACCGGACCGGUGAUCGUCAAAACAUAUCCAGAAGUCCCUGCUGUUCCGAAGUCAGAAAACCGUCGCGAAUUUUCAAUCGUUAUAAAUCUUAAAGCUCCGAGUGCCCCUGCUCGACGGCCUUCUGAGAUCGAUGGACCAGGUUUCCCGCUUACAUCGCAGACUUCCCGCACUCCAAUCGAUCUUGUGACGGUUCUUGAUGUCAGCGGCAGCAUGGCCGGGACAAAGCUUGCGCUGCUUAAACGAGCAAUGGGAUUCGUAAUUCAAAACAUGGGACCUUCUGAUAGGCUCUCUGUGAUCGCCUUCUCGUCAUCGGCGCGGCGUCUUUUCCCUCUCCGUCGGAUGACUGAUUCCGGAAGGCACGAAGCACUGCAAGCCGUCAAUUCUCUAAGAUCGAACGGUGGGACGAACAUCGCCGAGGGUCUCAGAAAGGCUGCAAAGGUUAUGACCGAUCGUAAAUGUAAAUUCCCGAUUGGUAGUAUCAUUCUGUUAUCUGACGGACAGGACACGCGCACCGUCAACAAUCCGAAUCCGAACCUCACCGAUUAUCAGCUGUUGCUUCCGGUCUCCGUCUGCUGCGAUAAUCCGUCGGGUUCUCAUAUUCCCGUGUAUACAUUCGGAUUCGGCGCAGAUCAUGAUGCCCAGCUGAUGCAUUUUAUCUCUCAGAAAUCCGGCGGAACGUUCUCUUUUAUCGAAUCCGAGACUGUGAUGCAGGACGCUUUCGCGCAGUGCAUCGGGGGGCUUUUAAGCGUCGUCGUGCGGGAUUUACGAGUCGAAGUGAUGUGCAUCGACCGCGCGGUGAGGCUCACUUCGAUUAAGUCGGGAAGCUACGUAACUCGACUGGCAGAAAGUCGACGCAAAGGCUCGAUCGAUAUCGGAUGCUUGUACGCGGAAGAAGAAAGGGACUUUCUAGUAACAACAGAUUUCCCAAUCGCCGAUGACACUUGCGACGAAACGGCGCUGAUUAAUGUGAAGUGCGUCUACAAAAACGCGUCUUCGGAAGCUCCGAUCACUCUGCGAUCUGCAGGGAAAGUUGUGAUCGAAAGGCCGUUGGACGUGGGACCGCAGACCGAAUCCAUCGAAGUCGACAGGCAAAAGAACCGACUCCGCUGCGCGGAAGCGAUUGCGGAAGCGAGGGUUGCGGCGGAACGGGGCGAUUUGGAAAGAGCGACGACGAUUAUCCACUGCUGCCGCAUGGCAAUUUCGGAAACGAGGUCGGCUCAGGCCGGAGACAGAAUGUGCGUUUCCCUGAACGCAGAAUUACUGCAAAUGAUGUCGCGCAUGUCGAACCGACAGACGUAUGAAGUGUCGGGGAGAGCUUACGUGCUGUCGGGGUUGAGCUCGCACUCGUGGCAGCGGGCGACGGCGAGAGGCGACUCCACGGAGAACACGAGCCUCCUGCAGUCGUACAAGACGCGAUCGAUGGUCGACAUGGUGAACUUGUCGCAGUCGAUGGUUUUGGGCGGCCAUCGGCCGAGCCCGACGCCGAGCUCGUCACCCGGACGGCUAUGAAUGGUCUAGAUCGAAUCGAUCGAUUUCGGUAUCUUCCUCUGUGGGUCUUUUUCACGAAGCAGCAGCAAUGGUGAGUUCUUGUCAAGUAAGUUUUUUGCGUUCAAUCUCUAUGCUGCAUUAAGAUUUUUUGUUGUGUGAUUCUGGAAAUUUUGGGUGAAGUUGCAAUAAGAUAGAUAGUUCUACUGCUUAAAUAUAUACAUAUAUAUAUAGAGAGAGAUAGAUAUAUAGAUAGAUGCAGAGUUGGUGGGGUAUAUGGGAUUGAAAUGUACAUGGAUGAAUUUGAAUGUUAGAGAUUUGGGUGUUGAUAAUGUUGGGAUUUAACUGUGGUUAGGAUGUUGAUUAGGGUUAAUCAGUAAUUUUAUUUUAAAUAGUAUAUGAACUAUUAUUACUCCAUAUAUGAUUGGAAUUAAAAUACU